AAUCCUAAUCCUAACUUUGACGCCAUUCGGUUUGGGGAGUUUGUUUUUCAAUCCUCUUGGGAAGGAUCGAAUUUGAGCAAACCGGAUCGUCUGCUCGGUGAAUUGUCAAGUUGACCUUAGACAACAGAAUCUACGUGGUUGUGAUAGCUUGAACUUAUAUCUCAGUACUCUGGUCUAGAUUCUUUGUCGUUUUGUAUGUGUAGCAGUAGGCGGUUGUUGAUCUUGGCUUCAGUUUGUGGAUUCUCCAUCCUUCUAGUUACGCCUGCUAUUGAUGACUUGGUGUUUAGGUUUUUCGUGCUAUCGUCAGAUUUAGUGUUACUAGUUUCCCGCAAGGUGGGUGUUUGUUUGCGGUCGCUGUGUGGCCCGUAUUGUUCUUCGUUUUCAAGCAAUGCUUUCUCAACACGGUGCUAAGACCUCCAUUCUUUACGAUAGCCAGUUGAAGUUGUGGUUUCUUGUCUCUUUUCUUUAAUUGCGGGUUUUCAUAACUCCCUUGUCGUUGCUGUCACUGGAUUCGGAAAUGAUUUUAAAAGAGGCAGUUUAGGGUUCGGGGAGAGAUGCUAUUGACAGUAGAGGGGGCAGUCAAGUUGCAUUGAGCACUUGAGCAUCCCAACAUGGAGGAGCAAUUUCGAUCGUCUGCUAUGUCAGGGGACAACUUUAGUGCUUUCAAUUCGCCAACCCCAAACAUAUCACAGAGGUCGCCUCUAGAUACGUCGAUCAACUUACCCUUCGGGGACACCUCUUCACCUUCUUUUAAAUCCGUCCCCAUUUCACCAUCAUCUGCUUCGCGAUUGGCGUCAUUGACCAACCAGUCCAGUCCAAAACCCAGCUUUACAUCGAACAUUGGCCAGCCGUGGGGAUUAUUUCAAGCAGAAGCCAACAAUGGCCCUGCAGAUACUGUGAGACAUCCUCUCAUGGGUCACCAUCCUUUUAGUGACGAAGAUGAAGAAGAUGCUCUCUCCGGAUCGUCCUUGGCGAAGCUCCCGACUGCCUCUGCAGCAUCCACAACCCAAACCUUCUCGAACUCCCCGGAGGCUGUUACGUCUAGUAGAUCUAAGCUGAAUGCUAGCCCCCUCUCGUUUAGCAGCCGCCCGUUUCAAGGCUCUUCUGAUAUUUCCAGCUUACGCAAGCUCGCGAGACAAGGGGCAUGGAGAGCAUUAUUGGACAAGGUGAGGGGUGCAAAAAAGCUGGGCGUCCUCACGACUCCACUUGAUGAGCUGAAUUACGCAACUUAUCAUCUCUUGGCAUUAAUGAAGCUGCGGAGCUAUGGUGCCGCUGCCGAUGAAUUGGCAGCUGUUGGUGAUCUCGAUGCUGCGCAGUAUCGCUACGAAGAAUAUCCUUCCGUGUACCCUGAUAAAUCAGGUUCGAUGGUGCCGUUUGCGCUGAGAUGGAUGCAUGCUGAGCUACCUCAUCGGAAUGGGCAAAUAGCUACCACUAUAGAACGGUUGUAUGCUCUUCUAGAUUUUUGCAACUCACGAGUUGAAUCUCUAAGACCAAGCGAUGCUGGUAGUGACAAGCCGCCACCGCCAUUGGUGCAUACUGCCACUGAUUUUUCUACCAACGGGAAUGGUGACAUUGCUAGUGGCGACGAUAAUGCUCUAAUCGAACGGGUGAAUCCCGAGGAAGGGACUUUGACAGAGGAGGUGGGCACUAGCGGGGAAGAGGAAGAUUUUGGAGAAUUCACAGCUAGUGAUAGUGCCGUUACAGGAAAUUUGCUCCUGACGUGGAUGAGGCGGAAAGAGGCUGUUUUGUUUGCCCUUGUGGGUCAUCAUUUGUUCCAGAAACAGUAUAUUGUGGCGCUGCAGUGGUUAAAUGAACUACUGGCCAGUUCUUCCACAGAUGCAGACCUGCUGUCAAGAGUAGGUUAUGUUCAGCUUCAGCUGGGCGACCUUGGAGGAGCUCAGCAGACCUUCUCUAAGGUCGAUGCUCUCAUCUCAGAUACUGUAGAUGAGAAUCUCUUGAACUUGGCGGGACGAAAUCGAGGUCUUCUUCACUUUGCCGAUAAACAAUACGCGAAGGCCUUCAAUGAAUUCACCACUGUCUUGAAUAGAAGUCCACAUGACACAAUUUCUGCAAACAACAAGGCGCUUUGUUUGAUGUACCAGCGGGAACUUCUUGGUGCAACAUCAGUUCUGGAGGACUCACUUCAGUCUAGUCCUCGGUCCACUUUGAGUGAGACCAUGGUUCUUAAUUUGUGUAGUAUGUAUGAGUUGGCGUCUAUGAACAGCGUAGAGUCUAAAAGGUCCCUUAGUUCCUGGCUCUUGACUCAUGCUCCUGAUGACUUCGACCUCUCUUGCACACGAUUGUAGGUUCCUUGCUAGAUAGUGUUCCAUAAUUUUCACAGUGUAAGUUCAUCGUGAACUGUGUGCACAUUUGAAGCCAGGUUAGUGUGAAGAAAUAGGAAUAGAGACAACUGAAAUUGUUGCCAGCGUCCCUUUUCAUUGAGGCAAAAGAAGCUGCAAUUCAUUUAUUGACCAGCUGUGAAAGCCUUGAUCAUUACGAUCUGAUUCUUAACAUGUAUUUGCACUUACUCUUUUAAGAAAUGGCAGGUUUUGCUAAGUUCUUGAAGCAAGCUUGACUGUGUGCUUAA